AUGCCAAUCAACUCGAGCUGUUGUUCUUGCAACUCCGGCCAGCAGCGAUGGGCCGGCACCAACGAGCCUCCCAGCUCUAAUGCGCCUCUGCGGAUUGAUAUGCACACGCAUAUUAUGCCGCCAAGCCUGCCCGACUUCUCAAAAUUAUACGGAUCACGAGAGGAGAAUGGAGAGGAUUGGAUGAAUCUUCGGUCACACUGUUUAUCCGGCAGCGACGCCUCUGGACAGACUGGCGCAGCAUCGAGCAAAGUCGACAUGUACGUUGGCGAGAAAUUCUUCCGAACAGUGGAGCCAAAUUGCUUUGAUCCUGUCGUGCGAAUGAAGGAUAUGGAUGCCACGGGGGUAGAUGUCCAGGUCAUCAGUACUGUACCUAUCCUAUUCUCAUACGACAAGCCGAUCGAACCUGCUGCGGCGCUGGCCCGUUACCUGAACGACCAUAUUGCGUCUGUUUGCCAAGAUAACCCGCGACGAUUUGUUGGACUUGCCACAGUCCCGCUGCAAGAUGUUCCCAGCUCUGUGGCUGAGCUUCGGCGAGCGAAGGUUGAUCUGGGGUUAAAAGGUGUUGAGAUUGGGACCGAGAUCAAUAGUUGCUCUCUGGAUGAUCCCAAGUUCGAUCUCUUUUGGGAAGCUUGCGAAAAUCUGGAUAUGCCCAUCUUUGUGCAUCCUCUAGGAUAUGAGUUGGAACGAGAGAAUAAGAGCCGAUGGGGGAAUUACUGGUCUGCAUGGUUAAUCGGAAUGCCAAGUGAGACUGCACUAUCAAUCCAUGCCAUCCUCUCAUCAGGCGUUCUAGUUCGACACCCAAAACUCCGUUUCUGCUUUGCACACGCUGGUGGUGCAUACUUGCCUCUCCUCGGGCGUAUCCAACACGGCUACAAUUGCCGACCAGAUCUGGUUGCACAUCGUUCCGAGGGAGUGUCGCCCCAGAACUACCUCGAGUCACAUCAGCACAAUAUUUGGAUUGACAGCUUGGUGCACGAUCCGGAUCUACUGCAACUUAUAUGCAAGAAGAUUGGGCCGGAUAGAAUUGUCAUGGGCAGUGACUAUCCAUUCCCGCUUGGUGAAAUGCCCAAUCCAGGCGAGAUGUUGAGUAGUGAUAAGAAGGUGGGCGAGUUAUUCUCUAGUAAGACGCGAGCACGCAUGCUUGCUGGUAACGCGAUCGAAUUUCUUGGGUUAGAGGACAUGUAUCAGAAUUUUAAGAUUUAG